UCAGAGGGAACAACACUCUGUCACUCUUCAAUCAACAUUACAGUGACUGUCAGAGGAAACAGCACUGAAUCAGUCUCCAAUCAGCAAUACAGUGGCAGUGAGUGAGAGAGCGCUGAUGCGUUGUACACACCAGGAAGAGCGGGUCAGUCAGUGAGUGCAUGAAGGAGCAGCGAGGAGUCCCUGAACAGAGCUAACAUGUUGCUGACGGUUACCGCUAUUGUUGCCUGCCUCCUGCUCCCCAUGGUCCAGUCCCAGACAUUCACCAUCGAAGCCGACAGUUCGAUUAAUGUGACCAUCGGAGGCACCGCAAAUUUUACAGUGAGGCCCUCACGCUCGGUGAAGAGUGGGAACUGGGAUUUCAAUGAUAAAAAUAUCGGUCAGUGGAUCGGCUCAUCUAUUUCUAUGAGCAACGAGUAUGAAUCCAGGGCUCAGAUUCUAACGCCUAAUGGAUCUCUGAAGUUGAAGUCAGUGACAAUAUCAGACAGUGGGAAGUACACUGUUACUAUGGUCCCCGAAGUGGGGGAUCAAGCAUCAGCGACGAUUAUUCUGCGUGUAAUUGAAUCAAUCUCUAAGCCUAUCAUCUCAGCAGACAACAUAAGUCCUGUAGAACGCAAUGAUACGGUAACUCUGGAAUGCAAUGCCUCAGGGCCAGUACAAUCAUAUUACUGGCUUAAAGGAAAUACAAUUGUCAAUCCUGGUGAUAGAAUCACUCUCAGUCAAAAUAAUAAAACCCUCACUAUAUCUGGAGUCUUGAGGACUGACAGAGGAUUUAAAUGCCAUGCAUAUAAUGCAAUUGAUUGGAGCAGAAGUGAGCCGUAUUUUCUAAAUGUUAGCUAUGGACCGGAAUCUCUAAAUAUAACCAUCAACCCACAACAUGAUUUAUACAUUUUGGGGUCAAAUGUGAUUUUUUCCUGUUCUGCCAUUUCAAAACCCAUUUCUGAAUUUCAGUGGUACCUUAAUGGAAAUUCACUACAUAACUAUGGACACCAGUUAAUCAUUUCUGAUAUAACCUUGAAUAACACUGGUAACUACACUUGUGAAGCCUUUAAUAUUGUGACCAAAAGGCACAGCAUGACAAUGAGAGACAUCAUUGUGGUUGAACCUGUUUCUAAGCCCUUUAUCUUGUCCAAUAAUACCACCCCAGUAGAAUAUGACACAGUGGUUCUGAUGUGCCACGCUUCAGGGACAGCAGUUUCAUAUCAGUGGCUUAAAGAAAAUGAAACUAUUGAGGCCGGUGACAGGUUUGGUCUGAAUAGCGAUAACAGCACCUUGACCAUAUUUGGAGUGUUGAGAUCUGACGAAGAGUUCAUAUGUUAUGGUUACAACAUGAUUAAUGAAAAUGCAAGUGAUCCUUAUCUACUUAACAUUAACUAUGGACCCGAAUCCGUUAAUAUGUCCAUCGACCCAUCACUUUCCUUCCACACCUUGGGGUCGAGUGUAAACCUGUCCUGUUCUGCCGAUUCAAAUCCUGCUUCUGAGUUUCGGUGGUACCUUAACGGUAAUCCUCUUCAGCAUUAUGAAGAGCAGCUAAUCAUUGAUGGUAUAUCCUUGAAUGACACUGGUAACUACACUUGUGAAGCUUUAAACAAUGCAACACAACAAAAUAACAUGAGAUCAACAGACGUGAUGGUCUUGGUAGAACCUGUGUCCAAGCCUAACGUUACUGCUAAUGCUACAAACCUAAUAGAAUUCAAUGACACCGUGGCUCUGACUUGCAUCGCAUCAGGCACAGCAGUUUCAUAUCAGUGGCUUGAGGAAAAUAGCCCUAUUACUCCCAGUGACAGGAUUGCCCUAAGUGAUGAUAAUAGCAGCCUAACUAUAUCUGGAGUGUUACGGUCCGAUGGAGGAUUUACCUGCUAUGCAUUCAACGCCAUUAACAGGAUGACAAGUGACCCAUACCAUCUAAACGUUAGCUAUGGACCGGAUCUCCCUAAAAUAUCCAUUAAACCUGAUUUGUCCAUUUACCCCACUGGAGGAAUGGUUACUUUUUCAUGUUCUGUGGACUCAAACCCAUCUGCAGAAUUGGAAUGGUUGCACAAUGAUACUCAUCUUCAACAGAAAGGGCGUGACCUAAUUAUUGUUAGCAUUUCGUUGAAUGACAGUGGAAAUUAUACCUGUCAGGCUUUUAACAAUUUAACAAAAAGAUGCAAUGCCUCAACUAAGCAAAUAGUUGUAAUAGAACGAGUUAGUAAUGUCACUAUAUCGUCCAACAAUUCAGCACCAGUAGAAAGCCUCCAUACCAUUUUAUUGACUUGUCAUGCCAUGGGCUCUAUACAAUCAAGGAUAUGGUAUAAGGAUAACAAAGUUGUCAAGAACAAUGACAGAAUGAUGACAUCUGAGGAUAAUGCGACGCUAACAAUAAUCAAUGUUGACAGAAACGAUUCAGGAAAAUAUGCAUGUUACGUCAUUGGUAGCAUUAACGAUGAGUCCGGAGAUUUCAACCUGACAAUUAAUUAUGGACCAGACGAAGUCAUUAUUAGACCCGCAGGGUCAAGUCAGCUAGAACUGGGGGCAUCGCUUACAUUAAGUUGCUCUGCCUCAUCAGUCCCAGCAGCUAUCUAUAAAUGGUACAAUGGUGAUAGUCUGUUACAAAUGGGACAAACUUACAACAUUGAUUCGGCAAGUCAGAGUUCUGCUGGGAAUUACACCUGUCAGGCUCUUAACACCAUAACAAAAAAAAACAGAAGUUCUACUGUCGAGGUAACUAUCCAAGUUUACCUGAACGAGAAUGACCGAUCAGAAAUGAUGACAAAUAUAUCAAUCACAACACGUUUAUGCAGACUAUUCCUCCAUUUGAAUGAAAAGACAGACAAGUCCAGAAAAUGA